CACACACACACACGCGAGCGCGCGCGCUCACACACAGACACACUCUGGCGGAGCGCGCUGCUGUCGCUCAGUGAUUCUCUCCGCGUCUCUGGGACUUUCUUGCUCCGCGCUCCUCGUGUCUUUUCCAGCAGGUCAUACUGAGAAAGAAAACAGAUUGAAAAACCAAGGACAUAAAAAGCCUUUGGAUACAGUCUGACCCAAGAGUUGAAAGGGUCAAAGGUCAUGACCUUACUUUGAUCCCAGAUCCUUCCCUUCCGCUCUGGUGACCUCAUGUUCCACACCUUCCCUAACAAAUCGCGGGCGCAGACGUCGGUCAGCAUGGAGAAGACGUACUCGCUCACGGCGCAUUACGACGAUUUCCAGGAGGUCAAGUACGGAAGUCGUUACAGCAGCAGCACGCUGAGUAACGGCAUGAGUCUGCAUCUGGGCGGAUCGCUGGACCGUGGACGGAGUGGGCGGGACAAGUGUGUGAGCGGGGCCAAGGGUGGAGCUGGGGGCGGGGCUCCGGCCCGCUGGAGCCGGCGCGAAAUCUGCCUGCUCUCUGCUCUAGUGUUCGCGGCAGGGAUGUGCGUGAUUCUCGGAUGCAUGCUUGCGCUGAAGUUUCUGUCGCUGGAAGCGCAGGAUUCCCAGUGUCGUCAGGAUUGCGUAAAGCGCCGCUCGCUGCUCCGGGCCGCACGCUUCGUUCAGGGGAACGUCGACCCGAGCGUCCAGCCCUGUCACGACUUCUACAGCUUCGCUUGCGGCGGGUGGCUCCGGAGACACGGGAUACCGGAGGAUAAAUUGAGUUACGGGAUCAUCACCGCCAUCGGAGAACAGAACCAGGAGAAGCUGCAGCGCCUCCUACAGGCGCCGGUCCGGAGGAAAGAGCCAGACAGUGCUGAGAGAAAGGUGAAAGAGUUUUACCGCUCAUGCAUCAACAUGAAGGAAAUCGAUCGUCUGGGGGCGGGGCCUAUGACUGAAGUGAUUGACAGCUGUGGUGGGUGGGACCUGUCCGGUGCUCCUCCCGGAGGGGCGGGGUGGGACAGCGGCUCCGCCCCCACGAGACCAGAUUUUAAUGAGAUGCUGUAUAAGACUCAGGCAGUUUACAGCACGUCUGUGUUCUUCUCUCUCACCGUCAGCGUGGAUGAUAAAAACUCGUCACGCAACGCCAUUCGGAUUGAUCAGGAGGGUUUGACUCUGCCCGAAAGGACUCUGUAUCUGGGGCAGGAUGAGGACAGUGUGAAGAUUCUGGCGUCUUAUAAGGCGCUGAUGGAAAGGUUACUGAGCAUGCUGGGAGCUCACAACGCCACGCUGAAAUCCAGAGAGAUUCUGGAUCUGGAGACGAGACUUGCAAACAUCACUGUGUCUGAAUAUGACGACCAAAGAAAAGACAUUAGCAGCACAUACAACCGAAUAACACUGAAACAACUGCAGAAAAUGGCUCCAAGCUUCCACUGGAAGCGUUUGUUGGACCGAAUCUUCAAUGAUAAUUUCUCGGAGGAAGAGGAGAUCGUAGUUUUGGCCACUGAUUACAUGCAGACGGUGUCGGACAUCAUUAAAACCACAUCUAAACGGGUUCUUCAUAACUACAUGUUGUGGCGUAUCGUGGCGGCUCUGAGCGAGCAUCUCUCCACGGCGUUUCGCAGCACGAUUCACGAGUUCUCGCGCGAGAUCGACGGAGCCGAGCUGCAGCUGGAUCUGGAGCGGCUGUGUCUCAAUCAGGCCAACAAGCACUUCGGCAUGGCCCUCGGCGCACUCUUCGUCCAGCAGCACUUCUCCUCCUCCAGCAGAGCCAAGGUGCAGGAGCUGGUGGAGGACAUUAAACACUCAUUAGAUCAGAGACUACAGGAGCUCGACUGGAUGGAUGAAGAAACCAGAGACGCUGCUCGAGCGAAGCUGCAGCACAUGAUGGUUAUGACCGGAUAUCCUGACUUCCUGUUAAAACCUGAACUUAUUGACGAGGAGUAUGGGUUCGAUGUGAAUGAGAAAACGUACUUCAAGAACAUCCUGAACAGCAUCAAGUACAACAUCAAACUCUCCAUCAAAAAGAUCCAUAAAGAGGUGGACAAGACGACUUGGCUUCUUCCACCACAGGCUUUAAAUGCGUAUUACCUGCCAAACAAAAACCAGAUGGUUUUUCCUGCAGGAAUUCUCCAGCCGACUCUCUACGAUCCUGAAUUCCCUCAGUCACUGAAUUAUGGAGGAAUUGGAGCGAUCAUUGGUCACGAGCUCACACACGGAUACGAUGACUGGGGUGGGCAGUACGAUCGCUAUGGCAACCUGAAGCAGUGGUGGACGGAAGAGUCGUACAGGAAGUUUCAGAAGAAGGCAGAGUGUAUCGUCAAACUCUACGACAACUUCACUGUGUAUAACCAGAGGGUUAACGGGCGUCUUACGCUGGGCGAGAACAUUGCUGAUCUGGGUGGACUGAAGUUGUCUUAUAAUGCGUAUCAGAAGUGGGUUCGUGAACACGGGCCGGAGCGUCCUCUGCCGGGACUCAAAUACACACACGAGCAGCUCUUCUUCAUUGCGUUCGCUCAGAACUGGUGUAUGAAGAGACGAUCGCAGUCCAUUUACCUGCAGCUGCUGACGGAUAAACACGCACCUGAACAUUACAGGGUGAUCGGCAGCGUGUCUCAGUUCGAUGAGUUCGGUCGUGUGUUUCACUGUCCCAGAGGAUCGCCCAUGCAUCCGGUCAACAAAUGCGUCGUCUGGUGACCUUUGACCCCUGAGCGUCUCCUCAUCUCCCACGUUACCAUGACGAACAGCUCCGAGCUGCUCCCACGCCGUUUGAUGUUUACAGCAUUUUAGUGAUCAGAAAUCAACUCGUGUUUAUCGACACGUGCCAUAUUUCACACCCAUCUUUCUUUGAAAUCUUUAUUUUUAUAUCUGGAUGCAGAGCGUGUCGAUUCAGUCACGUUAAGGCGUGAUGAGGUGUGUGUGUGUGUGUGUGUGUGUGAGACAGCGCUGUACUGUAGGCAUGUUGACGUUUUGAUAUGACGAGUUUUGUCAGACAUGUUCAGUGUUUUUUAAGUAGAAUCGGCUGCUGUGACCGUCGUCAGUCUGACAGAGGAGAAGAAUCAAAGUACAGUGAUUUCACAUUGAUUCUGUGGAAACCUGUUUCUGCCAUGGAAAAAAUACAGUAUAUAUAAAAAUGUAAUUGCAUAUUUUUAUCUCACAAUUGUGACCAAGGACCACAAAAUCAGUCAUAAGGCUCAAUUUUUCAAAAUUGAGAUUUACAUGUCAUCUGAAAGCUGAAUAAAUAAGCUUCCAUUGAUGUAUGGUUUGUUAUGAUAGCACAAUAUUUGUCUGAGAUGCAACUAUUUGAAAAUCUGGAAUCUGAGGGUGCAAAAAAAUCGAAAUAUUGAGAAAAUCACCUUUAAAGUUGUUCAAAUGAAGUUCUUAGCAAUGCAUAUUACUAAUCAAAAAUGAAGUUUUGAUAUAUUUACGGUAGGAAAUUUACAAAAUAUGUUCAUGGAACAUGAUCUUUAAUUAAUAUCCUAAUGAUUUUUGGCAUAAAAGAAAAUGUAUAAUUUUGACCCAUACAAUGUAUUGUUGGCUAUUGCUACAAAUAUACCUGUGCUGCUUAUGACUGCUUUUGUGCUGCAGGGUCACAUAUUAUGCCUUUUUCUCUGAAUUGCGAGUUUAUAUCUUGCAUUUCCAAGUUUUUUUACUUUUACAAUUUUGUUUACAUCUUUACCUUUUUCUCACAAUUCAGACUUUUUUCUCGUAAUCCAAACUUUUUUCUCAUAAUUUUUAUAUUUUUCUCUUAAUUCAGACGUUUUUCUCACAAUUCAGACUUUUGUCUCGUAAUUCUGAGUUUAUAUCUUGUAUUUCUGUCUUGUUUUUUUCGCCACAAAAUGGAAAAUAUUAAUUAAUUAAAAUAAAAAAAUAAUGUGACUUUUUAUCUCACAGUUUGGACUUUUUUCCUCAUGCUUUCGUGUUUACAGUAUAUCUCGCAAUUCUGAGAUUAUAUUUCACUAUUUUGAGUUUAUAUCUGCACGAUUCUGAGAAUUGUGUGGAAAACAAGUCCUAAUUGUGAGAUAAAAAGUCGCAAUGACUUAAUUAAAUGUCUUUAUUCCAUGGUGGAAAUAAGCUUCUGUGUUGAGCUUUUCUCAGAUUGUAUUUUUAAUGUGAUUGUCAGUGUUGUUGACAGGUUUCAUGACUUUCUCGUCCAGAUCUGUCGGAGGAUGCAUCAUGUUUCACCUUUAUUUUGUUUUCCACAAUCUGUUGUUCACAGAUGACAACUUAUUUUUGAGAUAAAAAUAAGAGUUUCUGUUCCUGAUGUGAUUGUCAUGGGAUCUCCAGAUCUGACUUUUUUUUUUUUUUUUGUGAUGAUCUUUUGGACUUAAAAAUAACCCAACAUUUCUGUCAAAUCCAAACAAACAUUUAUGCAACUGCAGCCUCUCCAGUGUGAAGAAAUGAACAUGGGUCGUUGUUAUUAUUAUUAUAAAACUUUAAUUUUGUAUAAUGUUUUUGCCCAUGGAAGAUGAAAGAGUAACUUUGUACAGAUGAAUUAUAUGAAAGUAAAAAGAAGAAGAAAAAAUUGUACAGGUCAAAUAAAGCAUGUUCAAAAGUUCAAAAACAUACAAAACACACAAACCAAGAGAAGGACUUUCCUCAGUGUUCAGAGAAGAGCUGGAAAAUGCUGAAUUCUCUAUAAUCCAUGUUUGGAAUAAAACAA